GAAGUAUACACCAAUGGUAUUGUCAUCGUCAUCACUCACUAGCGGAACUCUACCCUCUUCACCUUCCUUCUUCUCUAACGAUCGCUCUCUUCCCUCGCUGAAUCCGAUCGCUCCAUCGCCCUCCCUUCCCGCUAUCAGAUCCUCUGCUCUCGCCGUCACCAGCAGAACUAAAUAAAGGGUUAUACAAGGAGUACUUACUAGAAAAACCACCUUGCAUGCAGAAGCAAAGGAAGACGGUGUUUAAUCAGGAGGAUGAAUGUAAGUAAAGGAGAUGGCUCGGAAACUGCUCCAUCUGAUAUGAUUUUUGUGCCUAUUUUGGAGGAUGGAGUUUUCCGGUUUGACUCUUCUGUGGAGCAUAGGAAUGCUGCGUUUCCAAGUGUUUCGUUUAAGAACAGCAAAGACCGGGAAGUACCCAUUCCAAGUCACAUUGUUCCAGCGUUUACUCCUACUUAUUCCCUUCUUGAGGAGCAACAAGUUGUCACUUUUCAGUUUUCUCCUGGCACGUCGUUUUAUGGGACGGGAGAAGUUGGUGGCCAGUUGGAGAGGACAGGGAAACGGGUGUUUACAUGGAACACUGAUGCGUGGGGUUAUGGCCCCGGAACCACUUCACUUUACCAGUCACAUCCUUGGGUACUAGUUGUCCUUCCAACUGGAGAAACACUUGGUGUUCUUGCUGAUACCACACGAAAGUGUGAGAUUGAUCUAAGGAAACAAGGAGUCAUAAGAAUAAUCUCCCCACCAUCAUAUCCAAUAAUCACAUUUGGUCCUUUCUCCACACCCACUGCUGUCUUGCAGUCCCUGUCCCAUGCCGUUGGAACUGUUUUUAUGCCUCCAAAGUGGGCAUUAGGCUACCAUCAAUGCCGUUGGAGUUAUAUGUCUGACAAGCGAGUAGCCGAGAUAGCUCAAACGUUUCGGGACAAGAAAAUUCCAUCUGAUGUGAUAUGGAUGGACAUUGACUACAUGGAUGGAUUUCGUUGUUUCACAUUCGACAAGGAGCGUUUCCCGGAUCCUAGUGCUUUGGCAAAACAUCUUCAUAAUAACGGUUUCAAAGCGAUCUGGAUGCUUGACCCUGGGAUAAAACAGGAGGAAGGUUUUGAUGUCUACGAUAGUGGAAGUAAGAAUAAUGUUUGGGUUAAAGGAGCAGAUGGGGAGCCCUUUAUUGGUGAAGUGUGGCCUGGGCCUUGCGUUUUUCCUGACUAUACGAAUUCCAAAGCUCGCUCUUGGUGGGCUAAUUUGGUUAAGGAUUUUAUUUCAAAUGGUGUUGAUGGUAUAUGGAAUGAUAUGAAUGAGCCAGCAGUUUUCAAAGUCGUGACAAAGACGAUGCCUGAGAACAAUAUUCACAGAGGAGAUGAUGAGCUUGGAGGUGUUCAAUACCACUCGCACUACCACAAUGUCUACGGGAUGCUGAUGGCAAGAUCAACUUAUGAAGGGAUGGAGCUAGCUGAUAAGAAUAAGCGACCUUUUGUAUUGACAAGGGCUGGAUUCAUAGGUAGCCAGAGAUAUGCUGCAACCUGGACAGGAGAUAACCUUUCAACCUGGGAGCAUCUACAUAUGUCUAUAUCCAUGGUACUUCAGCUGGGGCUUAGUGGUCAGCCUUUAUCAGGACCAGAUAUUGGUGGCUUUGCUGGCAACGCAACUCCGCGGCUAUUUGGGCGUUGGAUGGGCGUUGGAGCUAUGUUUCCGUUCUGCCGUGGUCAUUCUGAGGCUGGCACUGAUGAUCAUGAGCCAUGGUCUUUUGGAGAAGAGUGUGAGGAAGUCUGUCGUGCUGCAUUGAAGAGGCGCUACCAACUGUUACCACAUUUUUACACCCUAUUUUACAUUGCCCAUACAACUGGUGCUCCAGUUGCAACUCCAAUCUUUUUCGCCGAUCCUAAAGCUUCCCGCCUAAGGACCAUUGAAAAUGCCUUUCUAUUGGGCUCACUUCUAAUCCAUGCAAGUACUUUGUCUAAUCAGGGAUCUCACGAGUUGCAGCCUAUAUUGCCCAGAGGAACUUGGUUGAGGUUUGAUUUUGAAGAUUCACAUCCGGAUUUGCCGACAUUAUAUUUACAAGGGGGAUCCAUCAUAGCACUUGGUCCUCCACAUCUCCAUGUUGGGGAAUCUAGUCUGUCAGAUGACUUAACCCUACUUGUUUCAUUAGAUGAAAAUGGGAAAGCUGUAGGACUCCUAUUUGAAGAUGAUGGAGAUGGAUAUGGCUACACAGAAGGCAGAUAUCUAAUUACACACUAUAUUGCUGAGCGACAGUCUUCCGUUGUUACCGUGAAGAUUUUAAUAACGGAAGGAGAGUGGGAGAGGCCAAAGCGUCGUAUUCAUGUCCAGUUAUUGCUUGGUGGUGGUGCAAUGCUUGAUGCUUGGGGAAUGGAUGGAGAGACCAUCCAGAUAAAGAUGCCUUCAGAAAGUGAAGUUUCAGCGUUAAUAUCUACAAGCAAUGAGCGCUUUGCACUUCAUAUGGAAAAUACAAAACUGAUACCUGAGAAGGAAAUGCUACAUGGACAAAAGGGAAUGGAACUCUCAAGGGAACCAGUUGAGCUAAACAGUGGCGAUUGGAAACUGAACAUAGUUCCUUGGAUUGGUGGAAGGAUAUUAUCUAUGACACAUGUUCCAUCAGGAGUUCAAUGGCUUCACAGCAGGAUAGAGAUGAAUGGUUACGAAGAGUACAGUGGUACUGAGUACCGGUCAGCUGGAUGUUCUGAGGAAUAUAAUGUUAUUGAGAGGGAUUUGGAACAGGCAGGAGAAGACGAAUCUCUUAUCCUAGAAGGUGAUGUAGGUGGUGGACUGGUUCUUCGGCGUAAAAUCGCAAUACCUAAAGACAAUCCCCGAGUUGUUCAGAUUGCCUCUAGCAUUGAAGCCCGUAGUGUUGGUGCUGGUUCUGGUGGAUUUUCAAGGCUGGUAUGCUUAAGAGUCCAUCCAACUUUCUGUCUUAUGCAUCCAACGGAAUCGUUUGUCUCCUUCACAUCGAUUGAUGGUACAAAGCAUGAAGUUUGGCCCGACUCUGGAGAGCAAUUAUAUGAAGGGAACAACCUCCCACAUGGUGAAUGGAUGCUGGUGGAUAAGAGCCUCAAUCUAGGGCUGGUAAACAGGUUCGACGUUAGUCAGGUAUUCAAAUGUGUUGUUCACUGGGACUGUGGAACUGUUAACUUGGAGUUAUGGUCUGAAGACCGACCUGUUUCCAAGGAAUCACCUCUGAAAAUAGAGCAUGAAUAUGAAGUCGCAAGUUUCCCAUAACUGUGUUGGAUAUAUCUAUCUAUCUUACGAUAUCAACUCAUUCCCAUGUUCUACUUGACUACUUGGGGUUGUCCAUUGUGUAUAAAUAAGUGAUUGAUCAGUGCUCCUACGUUUAGAUUUAUACUGUCACUGUGUUGUAUUGGAUUACUUCGCUACUCAAAUAACCCAAUACAAUUUAUA